GACCCCUGAAUUGUCAUGGUGCUUCUGCGCAUGCUCACAACAUCGAAGGUAAACAAAGAGGAAAGCGCGCACCCGGCCACAAUCCUGCCUAAACAUUAAACGCUGCUCUUCUACCGGCCUUUUUUGUCCGAUCAAAACAUGGAUGGGAUAUUUUCAUGUCGAGCAAGUAUUUAUUAUGACCAAGGCGGUAGGAAAUACAUGGAGGACUUAGUGACGAUGAAGCAGGAGGAUGAGCCGAGUGAGGAUGAACUGGACGCCGCCGAACGUGGCGAGAUCGCCGCACCAGCAAAAGACCAAAACCCCGACGCUUCGAUCCAAGACUCCAUCCCCGGAUCUAUCACUGUUACCUAUGUUCAAGACGAGGAACCUAGCUCUACUCUACAGCAGGCGUCGAUGCCCUCCUCUCACCCGUCCAAAAACGCCCGUCGGCCGCGGGCUGUGGCUAUGUUCGCCGUGUUCGACGGACACGGGGGUCCGGACGCCGCGCGCUUUGCUCGCAGCCAUUUGUGGGACCACAUAAAAAAACAAAGAGGCUUUUGGUCUGAGGACGACGACGAGGUGUGCGCGGCUCUGCGAAAGGGAUUCAUCUCUUGUCACCAUGCAAUGUGGAAGAAAUUACCGGAAUGGCCAAAGACGGUUACAGGACUACCCAGCACAUCAGGUACAACUGCAAGUAUUGUUGUAAUACGACGUGACCGUAUGUAUGUUGCCCAUGUUGGGGACUCGGCGGUGGUGUUAGGGGUGCAGGAUCACCCCUCUGAUGAGUUCUUUCAAGCUGUAGAAAUUACACAGGACCACAAACCUGACCUCCCAAAGGAAAGGGAGAGAAUAGAGGGGCUUGGUGGCAGUGUCAUUAAAAAAUCUGGAGUCAAUAGGGUGGUGUGGAAGAGACCCAGACUCACACACAAUGGACCAGUAAGAAGGAGCACUGUCAUCGAUCAGAUCCCAUUUUUGGCUGUGGCCCGAGCUCUUGGUGACCUGUGGAGUUACGACUUCUACAGUGGAGAGUUUGUAGUGUCACCAGAGCCUGAUACCGCUGUUAUCAAGCUGGAUUUGAAGCAGCACCGUUAUGUCAUCUUAGGCAGUGAUGGGUUAUGGAACAUGGUAUCACCACAGGAGGCUGUGUCUAUUUGCCAGGAAAAUGACAAUGCCAAGGCAAAGAACCAAAAGGAAAAUGUUUCAAAUGCUGUUCUGCUCGUAAACCAUGCCUUACUGAGAUGGCGUCAACGCAUGCUCCGUGCUGAUAAUACCAGUGCCAUUGUUAUCUGUUUGGAGCCGUUCGGGACAUCCUCUGAGUGUUUGCCACCUUACGAGACUGUGUAUAAUCUACAAGGACCAAAGUGUGGCUCCGUUCCUAAAUCUUGCACCAACUCUUUGGCCACUCAGGUUCCUGACAUUCAAGUACAGCUCAUCCCGGAGCAGAAUCCCGGCAGCUGUGAGACAAGCACAAUAUUUGAAUCAUCUCCCGAUAGCCUUACAAACUCUGAAGACCUGCCUUGUAAUGGCUCAUUGGAAAAUGAGGCCCAUUGUGACAGAGUGCCUACAGGCAAGCGGGUGCUAGAGGACGACUCCUCACCUGUGAUGAAGAAACCCCGUCAUAGUUUGUCCCAGUCCCCUCUUAACGAGUCCUCAUGUACAUCCUCAAAGAAACCGAGCACACAGUCCUCGGUGAGGAGCGGUGGUGGCAGCAAUGGUCAGAAACAGUCUGAAAAUGUCCAAGCGCUGCUUCAGCAGCAUGGGAAGACUACUGUAUGUGUUUGCUGACAUUCAUGGUCCUGUAACAAUGCAAUCUGUACAUUCAUGCUGGACAGUCAGACUCUUAUAUUAGUUGAUAUAAGCUACUGAGAAACCAAAUCCUGAAGCAAGUAACAAUGUCAAAAGAAAAAAAAAAAAAAAUCACUCGCUUCCAUUCACAACACUCAUGUUUUAGUGUAUGCUAGUGUUAUGUUGUUAUACUUUAUAUUUUUGAGACUAAUGAAAAUGUGUUGUUUGAUUUUUAAAUGAGUUUUAGUUUUUCCUCCAUUGUGUGUCCACUGCUCAGUUCUGUUAUGCUUCAGUUCAUUCAGGUAGACAUCAUGGAUCAAAUAGGGAUUUUUGCACUUUAAAUUGAAUUGGUGCAGUCUUUGUGGAAAAUUGGAGAAUUGUGGGGAAAAAAGAAAGAAAGAAAUUCUAUCUUCUGAGAAGAUAUUUCCCUGCAGCUUACAUGUCACCUGUUAUAUUUCACCUUUUUGGGAUCAAUGUUAUAGUUUUUUUUUGUACAUGGUUUUACUGAACAAGGAGAAUGGUUCAUAAUUUCUAGUGUUUACUGGUAUCUUAACCCUGUGUCAUAAGGUUUAAUGUUAACGUUGUAUGCAAGCUUGAACUUUACAAAUUAUGCAUUUAGGAUUUUAAGCAUUAUGGUUAUUUUAAUGUUUCCAAGGAUUUUUUUUUUUUCCUAUGAUGGAAGAAAUUGUCAUUCUAAACUGAAGGUGCUGCUAUGCUAAACAGGUCAAUAAAAAUUUUACAAUGAAAACUGUAUGUUCUUCAAAUAAAAUAUUGGA